GCAAAGAUAGUCGUAGUAGAAGAAGAAAAGGCGGAAGCGCAGCGGAUGUUUUGAGAAACAGUUGGCGUUAGAGUGAUUUACUUUGCUUGGAAUUACACCUCUAAUCCUGUCAUUCCUGCUUGAUUUCAGAGUUAAUGAGUGCCAACGUUUCAAGCAUUUAAGGAGACAGUUAGCUUGUACCGCUACGGUUUUGCUGUUACUUUCUAUCAGUAGACCUAUAUGGAUUCCUCUGUGAGGACUGCACAGUCACUGAAGACCAUGUCUGUUCUUCAAAAUGUUCUUGACAGGAAAAUGUCUAAAAAGUCAAAGAAGAGAAAGCGCAAGAAGUCGUCCUCAUCCUCCAGUGAAGAAGAUGAGAAGGCAUCCAAAGAACAAGAAGUCACCAGUGGUGGCAAAAGUGACAAGAGGAAGCAAAAGAGCUGUGCAGAGAAACAGGAAAAUUCUGUUUCCUCUACCACUAAAGAUGAUUCCCAAAGCACCCGCCAGAUCAAAAAGCCUGUCUACAGACAGACAAAAACACAAGCAACAGACCAGAAACCUGUUAAUAAGGCAGAAGAGUGUACUAAAACAAAAAGUGUCUCUUUGCCAUUCCACGGGGAAAACUGCUCUGGUAAAGCAAAGCAUCAUAUUUCAGGGAAUUAUAGUACUAUCAGUGGGAGUAGGGCUGUGGAAAGGAGAUCCUCAAAACCCUUGAGUACUGCCAGUCCAGGUACAGCUCCUCAGAAAACAGAGAGGAUCUCUAAAGGCAACUUAGAUGAAACGUCUUCCCAGAGGAGCCCAUCAAAAUUUAAGAAGCUAAUGAGUCCCAGCUCGGUUUCUGCUGAGCACAGAGUACAGAAGAAGAAGUGCAGAGUUGAGGAACCACCAAAGACUGGAAAGUACAGCAAUGCUAUCAAGACCAGGGAACCAAGCAAGACCUCAUCCAUCUCCAAAGAUUCUUUAAGGCAGAAGAGAGGGGAGCUGGUCAAGAAAAUGUGCCGUAUGCAUCAACAGAAGGAGUUUAAGGCCAAAGAGAGCCAGUAUACAGAGGCAAAAACUCCCUCUGCCUCUACCACAAAUCAGUCUUCCACCUCAGACAAGCACACUACCUCAAAGAGCAGCUCAAAGGUGUGGAAGACUAUAACUUCAGCCCAGAUCAGUGUCUUAUCAGUGUCUCAUAAAACAGCUAAGUCAUCAUCUUCUCAGCAACCAAUAGAUUCUGUCACACCAGCUCUGCCUUUCAGUUUUAAGAUACCAAAAAAGGUUCAGCCAAGGCCAGUAGAUAGCCCUGGUGAUGACAGUGAUGCUGUUUCUGUAAACAGAAAUCUCAAACAUGGGACUGAGCUUUCAGACUCUGGGGCCUCAACAAGAAAAUCUAAACAGGAAAUCGUCCAACAACAUCACAGCUAUUUAGAUGAAACUCCAGGCUUUUCAUCUGAAGGACAAGAGAAGAAGUCAUCCUUAUCUGGCCAGCGGUCAAAUGCAUUGGGAGGUGGUGAUACCACCACUGAGCUGUGGUAUGACCAGAUGCAGGUGGUUGAAGAGCUUCACCUCGCUCGCACUGAGAAGAAACUGGAGGUGAAUGUUAUGCAGAGCUAUGGAGAACUGACCUGUAUGGAAAUAGACCCCCCAGAAGAAGGAGCUACAGAUGCAUACUGCAAACAACCUUCUCACCAGGAUCUGAUCCUCGUUCUGGACACCAACAUUCUCCUCAGUCACCUGGAUUAUGUGAAAAAGAUCCGGUCUCACGGCCUUGGAGCCCUGGGAUUCCCUGUCAUCCUGAUCCCGUGGGUGGUGCUUCAGGAGUUGGAUUCCUUAAAAAGAGGGAGAGGCCUGUCUGGUUCUGUGGCACACCUGGCCACUCCCGCCAUCUCUUACAUUUACAACUCUUUGAAGAGCCGGGACCCGAACCUCUGGGGGCAGUCGAUGCAGCAGGCCACAGAGAGCAGCUAUGGUCUGAAUGCUGAGAAUAACGACGACAGAGUGCUGCAGUGCUGCCUGCAAUACCAAUGUCUGUACCCAGGGUGUGCUCUUAUCCUGUGCACUAAUGAUAAGAACCUAUGCAGUAAAGCCCUCCUGAGUGGGGUGAAGGCCUUCAGCAAGAAUGAUUUGGAGGCAGGGGUUGAGAGAUCCAGACAUGGCCUUCGCCCUCUGCAAAACGCUGAGUGUCCCGUGCUGCCUCACAUAAACCAUCAGAUCUACUCACCAGUGCUGAACAGGAGUUGCACACCAGCCCAGCCACAUAAUCAGGAGAGACCAGGCCUUUCUGCAGGACCUGUAAUAAAACAUAGCCAGCAACCCAGUGAAGGAGGAGAAGAGAAGACUAAAUGGGAUCUUAGCAGAUGUGUUUCUGAACUAGAGGAUAUCCUGCAGGAGGUGCUGUCUGAUGUGUUGGAGGUGGAAAUGAAGGCUGCUUAUGACAACCUGUGGUUAGAGAUAGUUUAUCUAAAACCACCAUGGACUCUUCAAGAUGUCCUGCAGUGUUUGAAAAAGCACUGGAUUGCUGUCUUUGGUCAGAUUGUCCCACGGAAAAAGCAGCAAACUGUUUUAAAUCUCAUUGAAUUCUUCAACUCAGGUAAAACAAUGGACUGUGGUGCUACCGUAGCAGCCCUACAAGAAGCCAUGGAUUUUGUGAAAGCCUUUGGGAAAAGUUCAAGUCGUGUACCCACUGCCAUUUCUGUAAUGGACAACAUUUUCAAUAAGCUGCAACCUCAGAGGGAAUCUCCUUCCUGUGAUGUUGUCAUGAAUGAUGAUGAUGAAGACAAACAACCCACGUCUGCUCAGGUCUCUCAUCAGGAAGUGUGGGCCCUGUUUGAGAACAUCUGGUCUAAUGUGUCCCAAAUAAGCUUAGAAGUGUUCAAAGCGCUGGGCUUUGACCUUCACACCAUGCAGAGUGCUCAGCCAGCGGGAGGCCCUCCACCACCGCAGGACGCCUUGGCUUAUUUGCACAAACUGUCCUCCAUGGUCUCACAGCUGCUCCAAGCCUUCAGCAGUGUCUUGUCCUCAGCCCCUGGUUUGGAGGAAGUCCAGACACUGCUCAACAUCAUUCUCUCUAAUAAGAUUGUCGAUGUGGAUUCCAGGUUGACAGCCAUAGACCUACUUGAUUGCUUCUCACAACAGGACUACAGGGAGAAGCUGAGAGUUGGAGGGAGCCAGUUAAUGGGGCUAAAAGAGGCCCUGGAUCGUUGUGUUGCAGCCACAGGUCAGAACAUCACAUUCACCACGUAGCCCUGAUGAAUGGACCAGUGUCAGGACGUUUGCACAUGAGCCAAACAGAUGCCUUGAAUAAACUGAUAUCCUUUUCUUGAAUUAAACGCUGUAAGGUAAAGGGAUGUUUGUUUUUAUUGUGCCUCAUGUGACUGUACCUGUUGAAAUUUUUCAAUUCCUGUGUAGCAGAGACAUUAUAAUACUGUUUCUCUGAAUGAAUGGAGGAUCAUCCAUGGUCCUCUAUUAUUCUAAAGGGUAAAACCUUUGUUAAAUGGAGCUUGUAUUCUCUGUAUCAGGCAGUUUUUCAGUAUGUUUACAGCUGUUCUUCAAUAUUCAUUCAGCUGUUUUACACUCCACUCUCAUGUCUCCUGCCAAAUAUUCACAGCUGAGCAGUGAUUUCAUGGGGUGAUUUAGUUAAUUAAGUCUAUCAGUCAAUCAAUUUUUUUGAUAAGUUCAUAAAUUAGUUAAAUCACAGUGCUGGUUUUCAAUAUUAUUAUCUAAAUGUUGUUUUUGACAGUUUGUUACAUAGUGUACACAUACUGAAUUUGUAAUAUUUAUUUUGUGAUAUUUUUGGACCAUAUGAAUGUGUAAUGAUGCAACAAUGUCUGAAAUCCUGUGUACCCCACCCUCUACACCCACCACACUCCCAGCCCACUGUGACAAUGAACAGCUUUUUUUUUUAUAACAAUAUUUAACUAUAUUUUAAUGUCUAUUCACUGUCUUUCAACCCAGACUCUAUUAAAUAGUUAAUAGUUAUUUAUAAUUGUUGAACUUCACAGAAAGCUUCAGUUUAAAAAACUCAUCGCAGCUUCUCACUGGAUUGAAAAAAAUAGUUUAAUAUUUUGAUAAACGUGCUAAUUCGUCUUCUUGCUGAGUUAGCUGAGAGGAAAGACACUGCAUCAUAUAUCAGUCUGUUAGAUAUAAGGCUAAGCUCACUCACAAACAUCUUGUUUGUUUAAUCCACAAAGACCAAAGUGAUUUCUCCCUUGAAGUUUGUAUUGAGAAUGCUGUGUAACCCCCGUAAAACCAAACUGUUUCAUGGUUUGACACUCUGUAAUUACCACAAACUGGCAAUGUUCUGAACAUCUGAUUUCACAAUCAGGAUUUUUCAAAGCCAGCAGAUUCAGGCCCAAGUGUCCCAGUGAGAAGCUACUUGCUGGAUGUUUUUUUUUUUUUUAAACUAGCUAUUGGUGAUUUUGUGUGACCUUAUAAUAGAGUCCACGUUGAAAAUCACAGUGAAGGUAUGUUUUCAGUUUUUGUUCAUUUUUGUAAUUUUUAUUAGAAAUAUAAAUUAUUGGAGAGCAGAAAAUAUAUUUUAAGUAAAAGAGUUGAAUGUUUACAGCAAGAAAUUAAAUGUUUUUGAGGUGUU